CCCCCCCUCCCUUCUGUUUUCCACUUCCCCUCCUCCUAGCCUGUGAACUCGCCGUGUGAUGAGAGUGUAAUCCAACUGGAUUACGUGCAGAGCGGCGGAUUGAGUCCGUUGAUUCUAGGACUCCCUGUCCGAACCCUUCUAUGGCUCUUUUGCAAUAUUGUAUGCAUUAAUGAUCAGAUUCUCAGAUUCUUUGUCCAUUCAUGAGGAUAUAAUUAUCUGAAAGGCAAAGUAUUUUAUUUCAUUUCAGAGAAGAGGGAUUUAUUUUCCAGUGGUAUAUCAGCAUUUUUGCUACUUUUAACUCUUUUUUUCCCCCCUCAAAAUGAAGAAUGCUCAACAGGAUUUUAUCAAGCAGAAGAUUUGGAGCCAACAAGCACCGGUCCAUGACCAGUGGACAUUUAUUUUUAAACAAGAAGCAUAGUGUGUGUGAUCUGAAGCUCUGACAGGGACAAUCUUGCUCAAGUCAACAUGAAUAAACGUGAACUUUGGGAUGAGACUCAGACUAAGGUUUUGGUAAAGUUGAAGUAAAGUGAAGCUGUAAAUUCCAGUGGAUGAACACUUCCUGUCAGUGAUUCAGUGGUCACAGACUUGCUUUACUGGGAUUAUGGGCAACAGAACACAGCAUUCAUGGGUCACAGUCUUCCUGCUUUACUCAGGCUGCUUGUACCUCCUGACCAACGCACAGAUGAAGAUUCCACCUGAAACGGUUCAAAAAUGGGCCGAUAGCCUUUCAGAACAGCUGAAUGCAGUUGCUGUAAAAUAUUCAGGAUCUGCACUUCUACAGAAGAAACUCAAAGAUGUGGAGCCCGUUAUCCGGAUAGAGGAAGUAAAUGGAAUUCAUUUGGCCCAGGAGUUUUCAGAUGAAAUUGAGAAGAUGCUGGGAAGCAAGAUGAAGUCUGUUAAGCGACUGGCAGAUACAGUGGAGGACGCAGAUCUAUACCACGAGUUUAAUGCAAGCUUAGAGUUUGACUAUUUCAACUCCCUGCUGAUAAACACGAUGGAUGAGGAUGGCAACUACAUUGAACUUGGUGGCGAGUUUCCACUGGAAGAGAACGAGCAUUUUAACAAUCUGCCAGUUAACACACUAAUGAGUGACAUCCAAGUCCCAACCAAUGUGUACAACAAAGAUCCAGACAUUCUUAAUGGUGUGUACAUGUCUGAGGCUUUGAAUGACGUCUUCAUCAGUAACUUCCAGAAGGACCCGACUCUCACAUGGCAGUUCUUUGGAAGCUCCACUGGUUUCUUCAGACUCUAUCCAGGCAUCAAGUGGACUCCAGACCCGAAUGGAGUGGUUGCAUUUGACUGUCGAAAUAGAAACUGGUACAUUCAGGCUGCUACGUCUCCGAAAGACAUUAUCAUAGUGGUGGAUAUCAGUGGCAGCAUGAAGGGCUUGAAGCUCACUAUUGCCAAACACACCAUAAACACCAUCCUGGACACUCUGGGGGAAAAUGACUUUGUCAACAUUAUUGCGGUAGGUCGACUUUAUCCAUUUCAGGAACCCCUACAAGGAGUAACUUUUACAGAGCAUCUAGUCAUAAUUUAUGUGUUGUUUAUCCUCCAGUACACUGAUUAUGUUCAGUAUGUGGAGCCCUGUUUCCAAGGCACGCUCGUGCAGGCGGAUCUGGACAACCGGGAGCAUUUUAGGCUGCUUGUGGAAGACCUGCAAGUAAAGGGCGAGGGGAAAGUUAAAAAGGCCAUGAAGGAGUCUUUUUGGGUGUUGAAUGAGGCCACAGCGAAUGGGCAGGGCAGCUUGUGCAAUCAGGCCAUCAUGCUCAUCACAGAUGGAGCCAUGGAAGAUUUCCAGUCUGUGUUCGAGGAGUUCAACUGGCCCGAGAGGAAGGUGCGGGUUUUCACCUACCUCAUCGGCCGUGAUAUGACCUUCGCAGAAAAUGUGAAGUGGAUCGCCUGUAACAAUAAGGGUUACUAUACUCACAUUAACACGCUGGCCGAUGUGCAGGAGAACGUCAUGGAGUAUCUUCAUGUUUUGAGUCGCCCCAUGGUCAUCGAUCACGAUCAUGACAUCAUCUGGACUGAGGCAUACAUGGACAGUGUGCUCUUUAACAGCAUGGCUCAGAGUCUGCUCCUGAUGACCACUGUGGCAAUGCCUGUGUUCAGCAAGAAGAAAGAGACUUUGUCACAUGGAAUUCUACUGGGAGUGGUGGGCACGGAUAUUCCAUUAGUGGAGGUCAUGAUGCUUACUCCUCGAUACAAGCUUGGUGCUCACGGCUAUGCUUUCCUCAUUACAAACAACGGCUACAUUCUGGCACACCCUGAUUUAAGGCCUCUAUAUAAAGAUGGAAAGAAACUCAAACCCAAACCAAACUACAACAGUGUGGAUCUGACUGAGGCAGAAUGGGAAGACAGCAAUGACACAUUGAGAACAUCCAUGGUGAAAGGUGAGACCGGUACUUCAACCUUAGAUGUAAGAACUGCAGUGGACAGAAGGAAAAGACCAUUGUUUCUUAAAAACAAUUAUUUCUACACAACCAUCAAUGAUACACCAUUCAGUUUUGGGAUGGUGUUAACACAGGGCCAUGGGCAAUACAUGUUCUAUGGAAAUGUUUCUGUUGAAGAGGGCCUUCAUGACCUUCAGCAGCCAGACCUUACCAUAGCCAAAGAGUGGACCUACUGUGAGACAGAUAUCGACCCCCAACAUCGUAAACUCACUCAGCUCCAGGCUGUUGUCCGAUACCUGACCGGGAAAGAGCCUGACCUUGAAUGUGAUGAGGUUCUUCUGCAACAAACUCUGUUCGACGCAGUGGUCACAGCUCCACUUGAAGCCUAUUGGACUGCACUGAUGCUGAGUGACACUGGCGUGGAUGAUGGAGUUGAGACAGCCUUCUUGGGGACACGCUCAGGCCUCAUGCGUGUCACCAGAUACACUGGCAAUGAGCAACGGAAGGGGAAGCACUUCCUAACCCCAGUGGACAAGGAGAAUCUUUUUACUAUGGACCAUCACCCUAUCUGGUACCGCCUGGCAGCUGAGAACAAACCAGGACAGUUUUAUUACUACGUACCUGUUGAUGAUAUCAAUAAAGACAAGAACAUGUUCGUAGCAGUGACUGCUGUAACUGUGACUGAGAAGAAGAAAACAGCACUGGCUGGAGCAAUUGGAGUCCAAAUGUCAUUAGAUCUACUUGAAAGAAGAUUCUGGUCCACAGCUAAACAGGCAAAUGACACAGAUUGCAGUAAUGUGGAUGGGUUGUGUCCUCUCAGCUGUGAAAGCAUCGAUAUUAACUGUUACCUGGUGGACAACAAUGGGUUCAUAGUGACCUCUAAGGAGAGAAGUGACGUUGGAAGAUUCUUUGGGGAAGUCGACGGAUCAGUGAUGGCUCAGCUCAUCAAAUCGGGCUUGUUUAAAAGGGUGACCUUAUACGACUACCAGGCCAUGUGCAAGAACAGCCAUCAUCACGCCAGUGCAGCUCGACCCCUGCUGAGUCCUUUCUACAGCCUCAUGGCAGCAGUCAAAUGGCUUUUCUCCAACCUCAUGCUAUUUCUUUUGGAGUUCAAUAUCUGUGGGCUGUGGCAUAAUGACUAUCUUGUAGAUGCCAAGUCUGGAUACCACACUACACACAAACAGAAGAAGGUCGAGUCCAUGGUGCCCUGUAACACUGAAUAUCCCGGAUUCAUGUAUGAUACCUCCAUCAGGGAGACCAACAGCAUCAUUAAGUGUGGUCGAUGUCAAAAGAUGUUUGUGCUCCAGCAGGUUAUGAACAGUAACCUGGUGAUGCUGGUGGUGCAGGCAGACUGUGACUGCUCACGCCAGUACUCUCCCAUCACCCUCACUCCAAGAGAAGUCAAAUAUAUCCUGCUCCAACUCUUUAUAACCGCAAGAGUGUUAGCUUGCAGAUUAACUAUCAAGCUCAAUUCAAUCCUCCCUGUGUGAAAUGGUUUUAGGUAGGAAACGGUUUAGUGGAGCUCGAUGAUCUUUUUCAUAUAGUCAUAUACAGGCAAUCAGUUUAGAUGUAAUCUAAUACUCCUAGAUCCAUUGAGCAUUCAGUUUUACUUUUGUUUUUGAAAAUUGGUUAUUGAUAUGGGUGACAGGUACUUACAGGUAUCAUGUGAAGCCACUGGCCUUCAAUUGGUGUUUAAUCGGAGAAAAACCUUAAAGCGCAAGAGCUUCUUUUCUCACUCACCAUUUACCAGUGAUGUUUAUUGUCAUAAUAAUCAGAAAUCCACCGUAGAAAUGGUCCAAAUGCUGGACUCAAAGUUCCAGAAUGCAAUGCAGCUAUACAACACAGUUGCUCUGAGUAACACAAGUUAGCGAUCUACAACAUGAUGGUGUUAAUGAUUGUGUUAGCAUGAAAGCUCAAGCUUUGGAAACUGAUUUGUUUGAGCAGAAUGUACAGAUGAGGAGGUGAGACAGCUGGACAGACUAAAGGACUAAAGAGCUGCUGCAUUGCUUCUCUUUAGGUAGAGAUGCCUUCUCAUUGCUGCCACUAUCAGGAGGUAGUCACACAGCAUUGUGGGUAAUGAAAGAAGUUUACACUAAAUGAAAGAAGUUCAUGAAGUUCAAUGAAGAUUAACCCAAACAGGUUAACUCAGAAAUCAAUCUUUUUUUGUUUGUUUGUUUGUUUUUACAAUAUAAGAUCACAUAUUGAUUAGAAAUAAUGAUAUGCAGGUCAUUUUUCCUUUAACUCCUGUGAACAUAAUGCAACAGUAAAAUGCAACAGGAUGAAAUCACAGAAGAUCCGCAGACGUCCCGAGUCCUGUCACGCAUACCAUCCUCAUGUAAGCUUAACUGCAUUUAAUUAAUACAAAUGCAGUGAUUUCUUUUUAAAUUAAUAAACUAUGUGCACUGAUAUAACUGUCUCUUAUACAGCC